AUUAAACAGUACAAUCAUUCAACCCAAACCAACCACACAGCUUCAAUUGCUUCUGCACGUAUUGAUAAUUGCAGCUGAAAUGGGGAAUCAUCAUCUCGUCUUUAUACUAUGUCUGAUACUUACUUGCAUAUCUUUUGCCGACGUGGAGUGCGUAAAUGAAUGGAUCAGAAACCAAAUUCAGCCAUCAACAAGCAACAAGCAAUUUCCUAAGAAUUUUUCCUUUGGGGUGGCGACAGCCGCCUAUCAAAUCGAGGGUGCAUGGAACGAAGACAGUAAGGCGCCCUCCAUUUGGGAUAUAUACACUCACACGCAUCCAGAACGAAUAGCCGAUCAUUCAAACGGAGAUAACGCCGCUGAAUCUUAUCAUCGCUUCGAACAGGAUUUGGUUGCACUCAAAGAACUUAAGGUCAAUUUCUAUCGGUUUUCUAUAUCAUGGUGUAGAGUGCUUCCCUACGCAGAUACUUCGGUGAAAAAUCAAAAGGCAAUUGACUACUACAACAUGGUUAUCGACAAGUUAUUGGAGAACCACAUCGAGCCGAUGGUGACAAUGUUCCACUAUGAUACGCCCGAAGAGCUGUCAAAAUUCGGUGGCUUUACCAAUGAUAUUGUCAUCAAGUACUUCCGCUCCUAUGCAGAUUUUCUGUUUGAAACUUUUGGUGAUCGCGUCAAGAAGUGGAUUACAUUCAAUGAACCCUUUGACUACUGUGUACCAGGCUAUGGCAAUGCGAAUUACCCACCAAUGAUCCAUGCACCGGGAGUGGCAGACUACUUAUGUAUGGACAAUACUUUGCGGGCUCACGCAUCUGCUUAUCGCCUUUACAGAGCCAAAUAUUUCCACUCGCAACGAGGCAAAGUGGGCAUUACCAUUAGCAGCCGGUUUUAUUAUACCCCAAAGGCGAAUGAGCCAAACGACGUUGUGGAUCGAGCGAUACAGUAUUCGCUGGGCUGGUUGGCGCAUCCCAUUUUUGGCAAAUCAGGAAAUUAUCCUUACACUGUAAUUGAAGACAUCACAAGCAAUAGCAUGAAAGAAGGUCUGGCCUGGUCGCGGUUACGACCCCUAAACUUAUACUGGUCGAAGAUAAUUAAGGGAUCAGGGGACUUCUUAGGCCUUAAUUAUUAUACCUCCCGUUACGUCCAGAUGUCGGAUCCUCCGGCAGGGGCAACUCCUUCUUGGGAGCAUGAUUCGCGCCUUAAGUAUUCGGUUGAUGAGAGCUGGAAACGUGCCAAAUCUGAUUGGCUUUACUGCGUGCCACAGGGCUUGGAGGAUAUUUUAAAAUGGAUUCGUGAUAACUAUGAUAACGUUGAGGUAUAUAUAACGGAAAACGGCUGGUCCGAUGAGGGCGAAUUAAUGGACACAGGCCGAAUUGAUUAUCUUAAGACACAUUUACGGGCUGUCCUGAAUGCAAUCAACGAUGGGUGCAACGUUACACACUACUCCCAUUGGAGUUUAAUCGAUAAUUUCGAGUGGAAUAAGGGAUUUACUGAAAAGUUUGGUCUCUAUUACCUGAACAUGACAAGUGAGAAUAAAGAACGUGUUGCCAAAAAUUCGGCGCAUUACUACAGGAGUGUCAUUGAAAGUCGGGAAAUAUCAUCAGGCGACAAUUACGUGUGAAAAGCUGGUGCUACAUGAAUAUUUAUUUAUACAAAAGCAAUAUUUAAAUUACAUAUGUAUGUACAUAUGUUUGUACAUAUAUGCAAGCACAUGGAUACGAUUAUUGAAAACUAAGUGGCGCUUUGUUAUUUGAUUAUAAAUAAAUAUGUACCUUUUUGCAUACAUGUGUUUGUAUGUAUGUAUGUACAUACACAUAUUCGUUGACGAAAGUAGUCAAAUUUA